AUCGCGGCCGGGAGCAGGGCGCAUGCGCGGUGCGGAGGACGGCGGAGCUCGGGGCGGCAGAAGCAUCCGAGAGGCCGCGGAAACAUAAAGGAGUAUAAUAUUAAUCUUCAGAAAGGCGAUAAGCAUGAAGAUAUUUUCAAAUGAAAUAUGAGUGUUUGAACAAAACCUGGCAGUGGUGGAAGUGAAUCAUUUGCAUAGAAAGAAUUGAAGACUUGUUGAAUGCAAGCAACUCUACAACACAUAUAUUUUAGGUUUGCAAGCAACAUAAAUUGCCUUGAGUGCCAGCCCUCUAUUGUGAAGAUUAUCGUUCUUGCAGCUUUUCACGGACCAUUGCAAAGAUUUUAAUAUGGCUGUGGCUUUGAAACAGGUUUUCAAUAAAGACAAGACUUUUCGCCCCAAACGCAAAUUUGAGCCAGGCACGCAGAGGUUUGAAUUGCAUAAAAGGGCACAAGCAUCGCUAAAUGCCGGUCUAGAUUUGAAAUUGGCAGUGCAGCUCCCUUCAAACGAGGAUCUCAAUGACUGGGUAGCUGUACAUGUGGUAGAUUUUUUUAACCGUAUUAAUCUGAUUUAUGGAACUGUAUCAGAAUUCUGCACUAAUAGCACAUGCCCUAUCAUGUCAGGAGGACCUCGAUAUGAAUACAGAUGGCAAGAUGAGGAUAAAUACAAAAAACCUACUGCACUGUCAGCACCACAAUACAUGAGUCGCCUUAUGGAUUGGAUUGAAACCCAAGUGAACAAUGAGAACAUAUUUCCAACCAAUGUUGGCACUCCCUUUCCAAAGAAUUUCCAGCAAGUUUGCAAGAAGAUCCUUUCUCGCCUUUUCCGUGUUUUUGUCCACGUGUACAUACACCACUUUGACCGGAUCAGCUUUAUGGGUGCAGAAGCGCACGUUAAUACUUGUUACAAACAUUUUUACUACUUCGUUAAGGAGUUCAAUCUAAUAGACAACAAAGAAUUAGUACCCCUGAAGGAGAUGACUAUGAAAAUGUGCCAUUGAAAAGGAACUCCUGACCAGUUAUAGAAGAAGCUGUGUCAUCCAUUUUGUUAAUGAAAUGGUUUCUGUUAUACAAAAACAUCCACUUGAAAGAGAAACUCUGUCCUGUUCCAAAUAAUUAUUUACUGAUGUUGAAAUGUGAAAGAUAACAAUGCCUAGCAUGGAAUUUUCUAUUGACGCGCAGAACUGUAAUGUUUGCAGAAAAUUCCAAAUGGCACUGAAGCACCUACCUGUAGGGCAGUUAAUUGUUUAAAUUUCAUAACUACUCUAAAUUAGAUGAUUCUGUAGCUAUAUAUGGUGCACAAAAUGAAGAGAGAAUUAUAGCUUUUGUACAAUAAUUAUUUUGCUUGAUAUAAAGAUUUAUUGAUAUUUUUUGCAGUUAAUUAUGAGUAAAGCACAUUUGAAUGUUUGAGAGAUGAUAAGGCACUAUAUAAGACAAGAUAAUGCAAGUUUUUUUUUGUCCAUACCUUCAGAAAUGAAUAUUUCAAUAUGUUUACGUUACUCGCACAGUGAAUAUUGCUGAUAUGAUAACAGUGUCUGGCUGGUGCCAGAAAUGUUUUGCAAAAUCAAUUUGCAAUAUUCCUCACAGAUUUUGCUGUUUUGGGUUUCCUGAACAAAUCAGGAAUAUUAAAAGUUCUUUAUAAAAGAAAUGACUUAUCUCGGUACAAUAUCACAGUACAAUCAACAGUGCUAGCUCGCAGACAAUAAAAUCUGUAAAUUUAGUCCUGAUACGGUACAUAGAAUAUUCAACUGAACAGAGAAGCUUGUGGAUUUUUUAAAAACUAUUUAAAAAUGAAUGAUAUACUUUUUUACUGGUAUUUCUUGUUUAAAGCUUUAGUGUUCAUGAAUGCUAUAAUAUGAUACAAUUUUUCAUAAUUUUUGGGGAAAUCUGUGGUAUAAAGAAAUUCUCUUUAAACUUGUUAUAUUUUAUAUCUUUUUUAUCUAUUUAGUUUUGGACAUUACUUGAUGUGCUUUAAUUUCUUACUGUCUGGAUUAUUUGUAUCAUUUUCUUUGCACUUAAUUCUUUGAGGGUGUUUGCUUAUAAGAUUAAUGUGUUAUGUUAUUAAAACAUUCACAUCUUAAA